UGAAGAAGAGAAAGAAAUGGUGUCGGACCAGGAAAUAGCGAAAGGGGUAGAGUCUCUGCUGCGUCACUCGGAACCAAACUCAAUCACAACGCUGAACGGCGUUGUUCAGCAGCUGGAAGCAAAGCUAGGGUUGGACCUAUCGCACAAGGCUGGUUUCAUCAGAGACCAGAUCGACCUUCUCCUCCGCCCACAGCAUCAGCAACAGCAGCAACAACAACAGCAUCAGCAGCAGCACCACCAUCUACAGCAACCGUUUGUUUCUCCGCCAUCCAAAGACCAUUUUGCCCCUCACCAUCAACCCCAACCACAUUUCCCAACCACCCACUUUCCUCCCCAUUUUGCCCUCCAUCCUCACACCGAGAUCAACUUCCAGCAACCGCCCCACUCCCACCCACCUCCGCCGCAACCCCCAUCGCAGACUAAACCCCAACACUACCCUCACAAUGCCGAUGUUCUUGCCCUUCCUCAGCCUCAACCACCCAAAGAAAGUGUUUCAACCGGAGGCAAAAGAAGAGGCGGCGCUGGUGGACUUAACAAAGUUUGUGGUGUUUCUCCUGAACUUCAGGCAAUUGUUGGUGAGCCGGCAUUGCCAAGAACCGAGAUUGUGAGGCAGCUAUGGGCCUACAUAAGGAAAAACAAUCUCCAAGAUCCUGGUAACAAAAGGAAGAUCAUUUGUGAUGAUGCACUGCGUGUGGUAUUUGAGACCGACUGCACUGACAUGUUCAAGAUGAAUAAAUUGCUGGCCAAACACAUCAUCCCACUUGGACCUACAAAGGAGCCUCAAGCCAAAAGGAUCAAGGUAGAUACUGAACCUACAGUUGAAAGUGCUGAACAGCCUGAACCUGCCUCUUCUACCGUAAUAAUAUCUGAAGCUCUUGCCAAAUUUUUGGGCGCUGGGGAAAGGGAGAUGCAACAAUCUGAGGCCUUAAGACUUGUUUGGGAGUACAUAAAGGUUAAUCGUCUGGAGGAUCCUUUGAACGGAAUGGUGAUAUUAUGCGAUGAAAAGCUUCAGGAGCUGCUUGGAUGUGAAAGCAUAUCUGCUUUAGGGAUAUCAGAGAUGUUGGGACGCCAUCAUCUAUUUAAACAGUCUGACACCUGUUAGAUCUGAUCACUUCUUGUCAUAUAAGGGUAUGGGUCUGCCCGAAGCUUUAGAAACCUGUUUCUACUUGUUGCUAGGUUCAUAUAGGAAGUUGUUACUUAUUUGGCUGUAACUUGUUACUUUAAUCACUUUGUUCGUUGACAUAUUUAGAUUUUAUGUUAUCUGACGACAAAAUAUUAGGUACAUUGCUUAGAAUGACAAUGUUAUUGUAAUGUUGCGCUAGGCAGUCAGGGCAGGGAAAGUAGUAUAUUUUGUAUUUACGAAGUGUGGCCUUUCGUCCUGGCCCUUUAGGUUUCCCUGUGCAUUUUAUUUUGUAUUGUGAGUUCUCAAUGUCUAACAUGACCAAAGGAAAACUGAGUUCCAAUUACUAAUACUAUUGUACAUUGAGAUACACCCAAAUGCACCUUGCUAUUAGACUCCACA